AUGGCGGCCCCGCCUCGGCCUCCCUCCGCUCGCCCCGGGCCGAAGAUUGCGCCGGCCGGCCCCUGCACCGCCGACCGAGCUCCCUCCGGUGCCUGCUCCUUGCCAGGCCGCCCCGCCUCCACUACACCGCCCCACCGCCGGAUCGGCCUCGCCGGGCUGCAACACCACGUCGGCCAUCGCCCUCCCUCGAGCCCGCUUUGCACCUCUACGGGCUCGUGGUCCGUCCGUCGAUCCAUCCAUGGAAAAACAGCAGCACCUACCAUUAACGAGCGUACGUAUCUGCCAGCACUGCCCGGAUGCCUUCCGCUUCCACCUACAUAUACCCUCCCUCUCCUUCACGCUUCCCACUCCUCGGCCGUCACAAGAACCUCCCCGGCGCGCCCUCAUCGCCCGCCUCCUCCUCGGCCGGCAGGAGGAGCGAUCGACAUGAAGCGCCGCACGGUGACCGCCGCGUCCAUCGUGGCGCUGCUCCUGGCGGCGUGCACCGCGGCGGCGGCGCUGACCAUCUCCCGGAAGAACCAGCACCGGCCGGCGUCUUUGUCCUCCGGCUCGUGCGACAUGUUCGCCGGCACCUGGGUGGCCGACGAGUCGUACCCGCUCUACGACUCGGCGAGCUGCCCCUUCGUCCGCGGCGAGUUCGACUGCCGCCGGUUCGGCCGCCCCGACACGCAGUUCCUCAAGUACCGGUGGCAGCCCAGCCCGCCCUGCUCCCCGCCCAGGUUCGACGGGGCGGCGCUGCUGAGGAUGUGGGGCGGCAAGAAGGUGAUGUUCGUGGGCGACUCGCUGGCGCUGAACCAGUACGAGUCGCUCCUGUGCAUGAUCCACGCCGCGGCGCCCGACGCCCGGGCCACCGUCUCGCCGCGCUCCGGGAGGGUCGACCCGGCGACCACCGUCACGUUCGAUGACUACAAUGUGACGCUGGUGUACUACCUGUCGCACUACCUGGUGGACAUCGUGAGCGAGAAGGCCGGCCGCGUGCUCAAGCUCGACAAGAUCGACGAGGGCCGCAACUGGCUCGGCGCCGACGUGCUCGUCUUCGACUCCUGGCACUGGUGGCCGCGCUCCGGCAAGGAUCAACCCUGGGACUAUAUGCAGGAGGGAAGCCAGGUGAUGAAGGACAUGGACCGGACGGCGGCCUUCACCAAGGCGCUCAACACCUGGGCCGGAUGGGUGGACGCCAACCUCGUGCAGACCAGCACCAAAGUCUUCUUCCAGGGCAUCUCUCCCUCUCACUACAGGGGGCAAGAAUGGGGCGCCUCGCCGAGGAGAUCGUGCAUGGGGGAGACGGAGCUGCUGAACAGCACGGGGCCGUAUCCCGGCGGCCCGAUCCCGCAGCAGGCGGUCAUCAGAAACGCCCUCGCAAACAUGGCGAAGCCGGUGUACCUGCUGGACUUCACCUACAUGUCGCAGCUGAGGAAGGACGCCCACCCCGGCAAGUACGGCGGCGUCUUCGGCCAGGACUGCACCCACUGGUGCAUCGCCGGCCUGCCGGACACCUGGAACAUCCUUUUCUACGCUGCGCUCACCGGCCAAGAUGGUUAAAUUCGUUCGGAUGUGUGUAGAAUAGGUCAACAAUCAGACCAUAUUUGAAGAUAGCGCAUUGGUUUAUAGGAUUGGGAAGAUACUUUCUUUUUGCUGCAACAAAGGCAUAGAGGAUUAUCACAGUUGAAACAAAAAUAGAUAUAGCAUGGUGCCAAUAGUCAAGGAGGGCGUGAUUGUUAAGUGAUUUGUACUUAUAAAUAUAUAUAUAUAUAAGAUUUAAAGCGGGGAGCUCCGGCACCUCAUGUGCAUUUGGAAUGUUAGCCGUAAGCUCAUCCGUGAUUCGGGA